GCACGGUGGUGGUGCGGGGUUGCCGCCGCGCGACAACCCCGGGCCGCCGCGCCAAGCAGACAGUGGGGGCGACAGACGGGUGUGAGGUGUAUUGCUGGCUGGCGGCGCGUCUAGCAGAGUGGGACGGAGAGGAAAAGUUUCGUAUGAGGAUGGACUUUGAGGACCAUGGGUGACGGACGGACGGCACAAACCACACACACUCCCCACACUCCCGCACACGUACUUACAUAACACACAUCUGACGGGCGCUCUUCACUGCUGCUCCAGUUCAAACGAGACAGCGAGGCCCGGAGCGUGGUCAGACAACACUGGUCCGCUCUUCAUCAGCCGAGAAACACUAUGGAAACACGAGGGAAGAGGUUGGAAAUACAGGGAGAAAGUGUGGCAGCGAGCGCGAGGAAGCAAGAGUGUCGUUUUUGCGAGGACCGCCGCCUAGUGAAUGCUUACUAGAUAUUUUUUUUCUUUUUUUAUCUCUCUCCAUUUCCUUUUAUUUGACUUCAGUGUCGCACGCCGAGCAAACAAGACAGAAAUAUAAACUACGAUCAUAUGCAAUUUUUUGAUGUGUGUCUAGUGUUUGUGUGCGUUGUGUCCGUUGGCUUUUGACUCUGCGUGCGAUGGUGAGAGCAGCGUUGUGAACUAAAAAAAAAAGUGGCCUUCUAUAUCUAUAUCUGCCUCUCUCUCUUCCUGCUGUCCGUUCUGCAAGCCAUCUCUCUGCGUCACUCUUACACAGCUUACAUUCGAGACACAGAGUGAUACGAGCAACAAGUGCACAGCUGGCAUUAGAGUGAAAGAGUUGAAAGGAAUACCGAAAGAGCGAGUGAAAAAGAUGAACACGGAAAAACAAAAAAAACAGUGAAUGCCGCGCUCAUCAGUGCUUUGCGAAGUGUGGAUGUGAAAAGUUACUGUCAGACUGAGAGAAAAAACAACAGUAUUUCUUAAGUGUGUUGGUGUAUAAUUAGUAGACGUGUAGCAUCAGACUUUUAAGUUUUUCGAGCGGCUGACUAAACGCUCCGUGGCACAUAAUUGACUUACAAGUUUGGUGUUGUGAUAAUAGUAGUGUAUCUUGACAUAUCGCCAUUUUGUUCCUUCUCCGGUGGCCUAAGAAUCUUACAUAUCACUGUACAUAGUCAAUCUUUCCCACCUGCAGACUGUUGACUUCACUUUUGAGUGUCUUCUGGUAGGUAGCGGGUAGACGCACACAACGUUGGUUACUUUAAGUUUGUUGAUUUCUCGUCUUGAUGUUGUGGUGACGCACGUUAUUUGGUUCCUAAGAAGAAGUUAAGAAUAGCACAUGUGUAUUUAACCUAUAAGCAACGCAGCAACUUCAUAUGCAAGGACCUAAACACAGUAAGAUAAGGUACGCGCCCGCGAUGUUGAGGCGACAGACCCCUCACCCGCGCACCGUACACAUCGCAAAGACUUGAGAGAUGGCGUGCAGACUCAUCUCGAGCGGGCCUCUUGCGUCUCUUCUCGUCGUUCUCGUUGUGUCGUGGACUCUGUCAGCCGUGACCAUGGCGGUGAGGGAAGCUGGAAUGCAGCCACGAAUCCACAAUACGACGGCAACGAAGAAUCACAGUGUUGAAAGCGGAGGUGGACAGCGAACAAGGGGCGAGGAGAACGGCCAUGGCAUCUUUCUGAACAAAUUUAGCAUCAGUCAGACGCCUCCAGGCCCCCCACACACCUCUGCUCCUCGCCCCUCGCACGCUACGAGCAUGGAUAACUACAAAGUAAAACACGUAAAACCCUCAGAUACACCGUCAAACACACUGGGUCCCAGCCCGAGGGCCACCCGUACACCUGUAAGCCACGUGAACUCCGUGAGUAGCAGCAGUAUUACGCCGCCACUACCUUGCAAAGCUGAUGACAGCACAAAUAGUACUCAAGCUCACGUUGAUGGACCGAGGAAACAGGUAGUGACUCCUGCUGACCUGACUUUGACACCCUCCCUUCUCGUGCUGCAGCAGCAAGCUUCCUCCACCUCUCUGCCUGUCCUAGCGGCCACAGAAGAUCUGUCAUCGGGAUCGAACACAGUGGAGGUACGUGGAGAAGAGGAGGGUAAGGAAAAGGACUUAUUACCACUGGAAAAACAAAGCAAAUUUUGCCAGCAAGUUGAAGACCUCUUGCUAUCGCUCACUCGUGGCGGCUCUACCAACUCAAUGCGACCACACGAAAACUUGCAAACAGCUCCGGGACAACUUUUGCAAAGUUUUACGGUAAAGAUCAGGCAGAAAUCCAACAAGACUUCAAGGAGCGCCGCCGCCCUCCGAGGCUCCUCCUCACCUGUCCAGCUGCUGGUGCAGCACAUGGACGGAUCCCCCUUACAGGGCCCGCUGCUAUCGACGCUUCCAUAUAAAGUGGUGGCGGAGGUUCCCGGGUCAACGCUGAUGGUGGUGAGCGUGGUAGGGGGAGGCGAGUCUCGGCUCUUCCCCGUUCCCGGCCUAUCCAUGGCCUGCUCCACCCCUUCUCCAGCCGUCGCCUCACCCUCUGACCGGCUGUUUGCCACGUGGUACCUACCGCAAGGCAUGGACACCCCCAGCGGCACCGUCUCUUUCAGGCUAGCGUACCUGGACUCGCUCGGUCACCUGCACCACCUCGCCUCCACUCAUCUGCUCCACUCAGAUGCUGUCACCACAAAGGGCGAAGAGUACGUGCGGGCGUCUGUACGAAGCCACUCCACUCAUCACCAACCCGCUCAUCACCACGCCCACAUCCCCACGCCCAUCCCUGCACCCUGGCCGCCCCCUCUGCACCGUGAGGGAAGUGGGGGGAAGGGGCGGGGAGUCACCAGUGUGUCACCAUCCCCGCGGCGUGUGAGGUCAGCAGGGCCCCUCGUGGACGCCCUGUUGGUGCCUAAGGGAUCCGUGUGGCUGGAGAGGCGAAGGAGAAAGGCGCAGGAGGAGGCAGUGAAGGAGGAGCGGAAGGAAGAGGAAGAGGAGGAGGAAGAGGAGGAUGGCAGUGGUAAAGAUCAUAUCAAGACUUUAUUGUAUCAAGAUUUGAAACACAACGGGGAAACGACGACGCCACACACCACAACACCACCAUCACCACCAUCACCACCACCAUCAUCACAACCACCACCAUCAGAACAACAACACGAAGGUACAUCUCACCAGUCUUCGCCGCUAUUACCAUUAUUAUCAUCACUACCAUCAUCAUCAUCAUCAUCAUCAUCAUCAUCAUCGUUGUCGUCGUCUUCGUUAUUAUCUACAUCAUCAUCACCAUUAUCAUCAUCACCACAGCAGCACCACCACCAUAACGAAUCCUCAGUGACGUCACCACCACCAUCACCACAACCAUCACCACAACCACCACCAGCGCCUCACCACCACCACCACACACAAGAAGAUCUCCCAAAACAACAACAACAACAACAACAACAACAACAACAACCAGAACGUUUGCAACAAUCGGAAAAGGAGACAGUGAAAAUUGACGAAAAAGGAGAAGAGGAAGAGGAAAAGAAGGAGGAAAAAGAAACUGAGAAGGAGAGAGAGGGGAAGGAAGAGGAAGCGAAGGAAGAGGAAGAGAAGGAAGAGAAAAACAGUCAUGAAGCAUCUGAAGACAGUCACUCAGAGAUAAAAGAAACGAAGAACAAGGAAGGAGGAGGAGGAGGAAGAGGAGGAGGAGGAGGAGGAGGAGGAGGAGGCUGCACAUCUUCAGUGGUAGAGAUCACGGACUCUCUCUCAUCUUGGGUCUCCUGUCCUCCUCAAGAAGACACAGAGCAGAGCGGGAGUGGCGGCGAGGUGGAGGGCGCGGCGACGAGUGUGGGCGAGGAGGCAGCCGCUGUGAAGAGCCUGGCGGGGGCGACUAUUGGAGACGAGCGAAGGCGAGGCACGUGCAGGAAAGGCUGGGUAGAGGAGGACGGCCGCUGCUUCCGUCUGGUGGAGGAGGCAGCGUCGUGGGCGGAGGCUGAGCGGGCGUGUACUGGCGAGGCGGCGGGCGAGGGAGAGGACGCGGCGGGGCAUCUGGCGGCCGUCACCUCUCAUGCCGUGGCUCGCCUUAUGGAACGACUGAUUAAUGAGAGCGGCCACCACUCCUCCACCGCCUCUUACUGGGUGGGUGCAACAGACGCUCAGCACGAGAACAGCUUCACGUGGACCAGCGGAGCGCCUUUCUUCUAUACGGAGUGGUUCCCCGGCUGGCGUGACCAAGGAGGCUACGGUGCUCAGCCCUCUGAUGAUGGCCUGGGUUUGGGCGAGGACUGCGUGGAGCUGCGUGCGUCUUUCAGGCGGGCCAGCAAAGGUUCCAGGACAACUGACAGACUGUACUGGAAUGACAGAAACUGCGCCGCCAAGAACGCCUUCAUGUGUGAAAUGCGCGCUCCGGGAGCGCCCACCGGAGAGGAGAAGUGGGCGUGCAGUCGGUCCUUCACGGUGAUGCCUCACGCCCCAGCGCCUACCAUCGUCACAUCGCCAGCCUUCCCAGCCCGCUAUCCGCCUUCCAAAACAUGCGUGAUUGCCCUCAACGCACCGCCCUCAGCUCAUCUCCUGGUGGAAUUUGAUGCUUUUGUGCUGGAGCCCCAUAAGACGUGUGACUACGACUGGGUGACGCUGGAGGAGGAGGAGGAAGACGAGGAUGAGGCUGAAACAGGGGUGAUGGCAAAUGAAGAAGGUAAAAGUGAGAAGCCACGACGAAGAAGAAGGGAAGGAGGCUCUAGAGAUGUUGAGGGAGGCACAGGAGGAGGAGGAAGAAGAGGAGGUUCUGUGAGAUGGUGUGGUGACUGGUCUGGGCGGUUGAAGUUGCUACGCUUUGAGAGUCGCCGGAACAAAGUGGUGCUAACAUUCUCCAGCGACUAUGCCCACGGGUACUCUGGCUUCCGGGCAAGAGUAUCAGCGCGGCCAGGCGGCGGGUGCGGUGACGGGCGGGAGGUGAGGCUGGGAGACCACUGCUACCUGGUUGUGCCCUUCAACCACGUGUCCUGGGCCACCGCCACACACAUCUGCCGGGACAUGCAGGGUCAGCUGGCACGCGUGAGCAGCAAAGAGGUGGCAAGGUGGCUUGGGGAACAGCUGCGCGCCCUGCCAGACUACACGGGCGGCCGACACUAUUGGGUGGGCGGCUCUUUACGCCCACACGCCCACACCUGGACUUGGAGCGACGGAAAUCCUCUUAAUAUUACAGAGAUGGGCGGGGUUGAAGUGACGCGCCCCCUAGGAGACACCCAACCCUUGUGUCUCAGCCUGCAAGAAAGAGGAAACGCCCCCGUCCCGCCCGCGUCCUCCUCACACCGACACCCACGCCCACACCCGCCCAUGACCCUCACCGCCCACCACUGCGAACUGACGGGCGGGUUUGUGUGUUCCAGAAAAGUUCCAGACCCUCCGAAACGGCAGAGUCGCAUCGUGGUGGGUCAGGGCGGCAACCUCACCUCGCCAAACUUCCCGUCUCCCUACCCGAACAACCUGCACCUCACCACCACUCUACGCGGCCCGCCCUCCCAUCGCCUGGUCCUCUCCUUCACCAAGCUGGAUCUCGAGUACCAGGACCGCUGCCUCUAUGACUAUCUUGGCCUGCAGAGCGCCCCCGGGGAGGAUAUGGUGCGCUACUGUGGCCGCCAUACCACCCACAUGGAAAGGUUUGACUGGGUAUCACAAGGUAACGAAGCUCUGGUCACCUUCCACGCCGAUGAGUCCGUGGGCGGCGCUGGCGUGCGGGGAGAGUGGCGUGUAGUGGAUAUGUCUGAGUGCCAUGACCACCACCUCACGCAGCCCCAGGGAGUACUAACCUCGCCAAACUUCCCUCACUUUUACCUGCAAGACCUCCACUGUACCACCACCAUCACCGCCCCAGAGGGCCAGCGAGUGUGGCUUCAGUUCUCUGUGUUCGAAGUGGGCGGGGACGGCACAGGCGUGAGUGAGGACGUGGAAGGUAAGGUAUGGGACCCGCCCACACCACCGCCCACCACCACAGGGGACCACCACAGCAAGACGGCGUGUGACCUCGAUUAUGUGGAGGUGGUGUUGGGGUCUGGCCAGGGGGAGUCAGUUCGUCUGUGCGGGCGACUGGACAGCGGAGAGGUGGAGAGGCUCAGUUACGUCUCCUACGGUGCCUCCCUCAGCGUCGUACUACACACCACCAGGAGGGGAGGAGGUCGGGGAUUCCAGGCUAAAUACUCCACCGGCGCUACCUUCUCCCAGCGGGCGGUACUGAAACUGGGUGGAGACGAGGGGCGACUUCACGCUCUUAACUUCCCGUUACCGCCGCCGCCUGCUGCCACCCUCACGCGCCGUCUCAUUGCACCCCUGGGACAUCAACUUGAUCUCCACCUGCACCACGUCGCUGUCCUGGCCACUCCUGACUCACCUUGCCUUCAGGACUACGUGGAGGUGGAGGACUUCUACGCAGGAGGACGCGGUGCUGUGUGGAGAGUGUGCCGGGUGUCGCCAGGGGAGCCCAGCCAGCUGACCAUUCGCUCCACCUACAAUACUCUGCUGGUUAGGGAGGUGCACCGUGCCCCGCCCCGCCCAGCCUCACCUGCUUCUACCCCUACUCAGUACCCUCAGUCUCAAACACGUAAUGCCUCCGUGCCCCUCAACUCCUCCUCCUCUUCCUCGCCAACCUCCUCUGUUGUCUAUCACAGAGCCUUCCACCGCCGCCGCUCUGCCCCACCUCCCCCUUCUCCUCUUGUUCCUCAGCCUUCUCCUCUUCCAAUCCUUCCAGCCUCCGAGCUACCCACUUUUCCCACCACUGACCCUCCCUCCCCUCCACCGCCACGAACCACAUACCACAUCACUACCACCACCACUGCCUCUUCCACCACCAUCCCCACCACACGCAUACGCACAGCCUCAGACAAACUACACGGCGCCCCGAUGCAUUACACGUCCACCAACGACGCGCCGCUACACUCCCACAAUGCAGUGCUGUACGACUUUGCCCUCCACGACCACGUCAGCGCAGCGUCAGAGCCACGACCACCAUCACAGGGCAGCUACUUGACUCCCCAAUACCUGCUGACGAGUCUUCAUCAUCCUCAUCAUCAUCUUCGUCAUCGUCUCCUGCAGGACAUUCCUCCACAGUGUCCUCCUUCAGUAUAUCCUACAGUAUCCUUCCUGAUCCCAGAGUGGCUGAACAGGUCUCGAGGCGCAGCUGGGGGCGUGGUGGCGGGUGUGGUGGCUGUGCGGACUUCUGGCGUGGCGUGGUGCGAGCCUUCUCCGUGUCUGAACCAGGGCGCGUGUGUCAGGAAGGGAACCAACCACUCCUGUCUGUGUUCGGGAGGCUUCACCGGCGCUUUCUGUCAGGUGACGUGGUGCGAGAUGUCCCCCUGCCAGAACGGACGAUGCCAGGCCGCGGAGGGCGAGGUGGGGUUUAUGUGUGUGUGUGAUCCUGGCUACUCCGGACCCCGCUGCCAGGUUCGCGUGUCCCCCUGCGAUGGUGACCCCUGCCAAAGCCGCGGCACCUGCACUGCUGUCAACCACACAUUUCACUGCCAGUGCCAUGCGUGGUGGGAAGGGGAUCGGUGCCAACACAGGAUGCUGCGAAUUCCCUACAAGCCGCUGUCCGAGAGAGUGUUUGAGGAACCCUUCUGGUUAGGGCUGAUGACCGUGGCCGUGGUGAUGGGCUGUAUCGGCGUCAUCUUCUGCAUCAAGAAACAUUUCGCGGAUAAGAUAGAGAAGUUUUUCGCUGAGGAGAUCGAGAGAAGCAAAUACGAAGGUACCAUGUCGCCAGCCCCCUCCCGCCUGGCGCCCCUGCCGAGCCCCACCGGCCUCAGCCCCAGACCCCGCCCCAAGUCCUUGUUCGUGCGGCUCAAUAGUUUCCGCAAAGCUUCGCUGCUUAGCCUCUCCUCCACAGCAUCCAGCCCCCAGUGUGAUGCUCCGGCCUUUACUUUUGAUGAAUUGCUCAGGCUACACAAACGGGCGGGCAGCGUCUCGGCAGCGGGCCCCAGCAGCAGUCCUCGCCGCACCAGCCACAAAAGCCGCUCCCAGACAGCCAGUCCUAGAGGAGAGAACAAGAAGAUCCUCAGGCACCUAGUGACGCCCCCUGUAGGUCACCGAGCAUCUAGUUUUGAUGAGUUUCUACACCUCCGCUCCCAGAACCCCAAGUGUAGUGUGGGAGAUGGUGGUGAGGACGCGCCCCUCCCAGACACGGUGGCUGAAAGGACGAGGAGCGCAGACAUCGCCACGGAACUGCUGCGCACGGAAAGCAACGAGGAGGAGGCGGCGGCGGUGGCUGGCUUGGUGCACGAGACUUCGCUGACAUCCUUCGUAGCCUCCCCCUCGAAGCACGACAAGAAGGUGACGUUCGCCAAGCUGCUCGAUAAGAUGUCCAAGGAAAUCAGCUCCUCCUCCUCCGACAUGAGCUGUACCGAAGAGAAGUCCCCUAGUAGAAUGUUCAGCUUCGGAGGGGCGCGGCGCUCCCCAAGGCGCUCCCCAAGGAUACGGCAUACCCAGAGAUACAGCGGGUCGGGCAGCGAGGAUGUGAUGGAGACGCCUGAGGUUUCGUCCUCGGAGAUGACGCCAGACCCGCCAAAGAAGCUGCUGUCUGUCAAGUCGGCCUCGUCGCCCUCCUCGAAGACGUCGUCGCCGCAGAGUCGCACGAAGAUGGUCAAGAUCUCAUCCGCAGACUCUUUGCUGGCCAUGUUCAAGAGCCUCGGCGGGUCAGGACGGGGUAGCAUUUCAAACCCGUCCAGUCCUCACGGGUCUGAACUCGAGGACUCCUCCGCCCACGCCUCGCCCUCCACCACGCCCACCACCCCGCAGAAGGCGUUGCCGCAGGUGAAGCAGGACACCCUUACCGUCCCGGGCACCCUCCAAGUACAGGUGCAGACAGCAGGCGGUGGCGCCCAGCACUCCGGCCCGGUCAUCACCCUGGAGGUGCCCGCCGGGGACCAACACCGCUGCCUCUCGCCCAUCACGGAGCUGCCCACGCCCGUGCCCACGCCCGUGCCUUCGCCACUGCCCACGCCCUCCCGGUAUCGACCCAAAAUGCGUACCAGCUCAGAGUCGAAUGACAACAAGGACAGCGAGGACACCGAAUCUGAGUUCUCGCUCUCCAUCUCGGUGGAAAGAAGCAGUUCUGAUAGUUCGGGGCCUGACCACCGCGUGUUCUUUACGCCGCCGCGUGGCAUGCGAGGCACGGGGAGCCUCGGAACCCUGGGCACCACUCCGCGCCGCACCGGCACCCUCUCACCCACCAUCACGCCUUCCUCCUCCCUCUCCUCGAGGACACCCUCGCCCAUUACCUCGCCCAUUGUGUCGCCAGCCACCUCGCCCAAGAUCAAGACCAAGCCGCCGCCGCUGCAUAUCCCUGACGCCAACGUGUUACACUUUAGUGAAGAGAAGAGCAGCGGCAGCGGCAGCGGCAACUCUGGUGGCGCGGCAGGCGGUGUGGAAUGCAAGAUGGGAUUGGUGGUGCCUGUCAUCAAGGUGGAGGACACAGAGGAGACUAACUGGCAGCCUCCACCACCGUCACGGCCUCGCGCCUUCAGCGUAGACGCCGGCGCUGCCAUGCGCAUGCCACUCAUUACUGUCUCCCCCGCUGACGAGCCGCCCGCCGAGCCUUGUACUCUGUCUCCGCCCGCAACGCAGCCCAUGAUCAUCCCCACCCUCAACGUGACCCUGGCGUCUCCUCCCGCCCUCAGGAAGCAAGUUCCACCUAUGGUGCCCACCAUCAGCGUGGAGGAGCCCGCGCCGUCAACACAUCCACCGCCGCGACCACAGCAUCCACCGCAGCCACCGCCCCGCCGCCACCACCAUGACCUCCUGCACCGGUCCAAGGGCGGCUCGCUGGACCUUCCCCCAGCGCCAGCAAUCACUGUCACGGCCACCAGCAGCGAAGUAGAGUCUGACACUGACUCUCCCACGGCCAUUUGCCGCCCCAGGGGGCCGUCGUCCUGCUACCUCAGUCCUUUUCUAGGCGUGGACUUGCGCGCCUCCGAAUCUAACUUGAGUUCAUCGGGCUACAGCUCUGCCUACUCUCCCGGACCUUCCCGCUGCUCUUCCAGCAACCCUCUCUGCCCAGACGAACCCAUGACGCCCUCCCUCUCCACACUGCCCACACAGCCCCUUACCUUGCCUCCCGCACCCGCCGACAUCGCCCCUCCUGCCAGGACUAAGCGACGUCCUCUCCUCAAGUCCCCGCCUACUGAGGUGGUCUCCGUGGAGGCGCCCUCUUGCCCGCUGCUGAGGACCGACUCUGAGACCACGGACGAUCCUGCGGCAUCACAGCCCGAGGCGGACUCUGCACUGGAGCUGGACACCAAUGAUGAGUGCAGCGACAGUGUAGCGUGCGUCGUUAGCGCUGGCGAAGUGAGCUUGGACGAGGCGGAAGCGCAGCGUCACAGACUUCUGUUGUCAUCAAGCCAUUCCUUCCCCAAAGAGUCUCCGCGCCUGGCUCGCUCCCCGCCGGCCAUCGUGGUGCACUCGUCCCUGCAGAGCGAGUCGUCACUAGAGGACCAGGCCUUCGUAGAGCGGCCCUCCCUGCUCAGUCCCGUCAGCUCCCGCAGUGAAUCCCCGAUAAGUGACUCCCGCCUUAGCGUAGUGAGGAUCUACCCCGCCUUCUUUGGCGUGAGCAACAAACCUGAGAUGCCGUACACAGAUUCAGACGGCCUCUAUGACUGCCCGUCCUCCGAAGUGCUCCACUCGGACUCCCACGCGUCCUCCUCGCCACUCAAGCGUCUCGGCCGCAAGCGACUCAAACGGUCCGCCGGGAAGGGCCUGCGAUCCCUCCUGGGGCUCGGCUCCAGCGAGGGCGGGGCGGGCGGCGGCGGAGGCGCGGGCGCGGCCACGGGCACCGGGGCGGGAGGUGCGGGAGGCCCAAAGACCCGCCUAGAGCCUCCCUCCUGGGACCGCUCCCCCCGCCGCCAUUCCCCGAAGCGUCGCGUACGUGCCCAGACCAGUGUGGACCUGCUCUCCUCCUCCAACGAGUCCAUCACCUCCACCAGCCUGGCGGGGAGCAGCUCCGGCCCUGGGGAGACAGUGAAGCAGCAGGACCAACAGCAACAACAGCAGAAGCAGCAAAAACAACAGCAACAGCAGCAGCAGCAGCAGCGAGGGCGAGACAGCUGGUGGUCAGCGGGCGGUGGCGGCGGCACCAAUAGGAGAAGACGUCCGCUGCUUAGGACAGAGUCGAUCCCACUCAAAUACCUUCCCCGCCAGGGCUCCGUGGACGCCUCUGGGGAGGAGACGCAGGAGGAACAGAUGAUGCUGAAGCCAGGGAGAUCCAGUGACGAAAUACCAAGACAUCGCAAAGUCUCUCGCUUCCGGUCCUUCGGUAACCAGAUCAGAUUCCUGCGACGCCUCCAGCUGUCCCACACUACCAGGGACCACCUUGUGUCCCCAGCGGGAAGUUCUGACUCCGACCCUGAGUGUGGACCUCCUGCUGGCGCCGCCGUGUGCGCGGCCCGCGGUCCGUCGCCCCACGUCAAGUACAUGGCCGUGACGACUCCCACAGAGGCGGACCCGCCUUCUCCCUGAGCCCCGGCGGCCGCCCACCCCACCAAGUGACCUUGCGGGCGACGCCAUCCUCGCCGGCCCGCCCACAUGAGACGCCGCCCGCCCGCGCCGCGGCUAUGCCUCCCGACGCACACAACGAACAGUAUUGUGCCGUAGAAAUGGGGAGCCGCCUGAGGGCGAUUAUUUCAUUGUUUGUCUGUGUACAGAGGUUAGCCGCACGCUGGUGGAGGGAAAGAAAAUAAAGUUAGCAGAGCCCCCAUAGUGAUAAUUGUUAUCCAGUAAGAUGUGUUGACCUCUCGAUGCAGUGUUCAGUAGACGCCGCAACUCUGCUGCGUCCGCUGACCGCCUCACCUCCACUCAAGACAUGACGCGCUUUUAUUUUUGUAAACAUUAUUAUCAUAGUUUAAAUCGUUACUUGGCUGGCGGGAGGGAAGGAAGGGAAAGGGACGUGCGUUGGCGGCUGGAGCUGCCCCCCUCCGUCCCUUGCGUCCUCCCACCCCCCCUUGCCUUUCUGCGGCAUGAGGCAGCGAGUGUGAAGCGCGAGAGACGUUCACGUGAUGACCGAUCACUGCUUGGGGCUUCGAGGUGUGUCUGGUGAGGUGAAUACGACCAGCUGCAGCACCACCAGUACACCGCCAGUUCAAGGAUACGACAGGACCACCAACAAGGCCUCGUAACUAUGCACACAAUCAUUCCUCUGUGUCGUUCGUUCCUCGUUAAGACAAUAAACCAUUAAAUAUGUAAAAAAAUAUAUCGAUAAUAAAAAUAAAACAAAAGAAAAAGAAAACAUGUAAACCAGGAAAGGAACACGAAACACGGUUGAGUGGUUCGCUCGAUGGUUUGUUUCGUGUUUCGUUGGGAUAACUUGGUGUCUUUCUUAAGAAAAAAAAUAUAUAUAUAUAUAACUUUAAGAUUCAUGAAAUUAUUCUUUCACACGAGAUAUAAAUAUAUUUUUCUCUCUAAUUGUCGUUCUCUCUGUGUCUCAAGUACAUCGUUUCGUGUGGACAUGUUCUCUCUCUCUCUCUCUCUCUCUCUCUCUCUCUCUCUCUCUCUCUCUCUCUCUCUCUCUCUCUCUCCACGUCAAAAAACAAAGAUGUGUCGUGAAGCUCCACAUUUUCCGUUCGCUCGUUUCUCUUUGUUUUCUUCUGAAAUAUACGUACGUGUUUCUGUGUCUUAAUCAAGGCGUGUGCAGCAUUUCUAUAUAAUAAUGAUCGUCCGUGUGUGUGUGUGUGUGUGUGUGUGUGUGAAUCCAUGUAGGUUACGAAUAUCGACUCAACACGUCUUUUAAUAUAAUGUUUUAACUCACUUUUUAAUGUUGUGUGUGUGUGUGUGUGUGUGUGUGUGUGUGUGUGUGUGUGUGUGUGUGUGUGUGUGUGUGUGUGUGUUACAUUUCAAGUUGC